AUGGCGCCGCACGACGACGAGGUCCCCGUCCCCUACGUCGAGGCUGCCGACGAGGACGAGCAAAGCUUCACGUGCGGCGUGCUGUGCAUGUUCAUCCCGGGCUUCGCAAAGAAGAAGCCGGGGUCGCCCUCCGCGGCGGCCGUCGUGUCGAGCAUACAGAGGCAGCAUUCCGGGGCGAGGCGGCGGAGCAGCGUGUCGCGGAUGGCGGAGCUGGAGAGGUUCGAGUGCGGGUCGUGGAGCCCGCCACCGCCGCCGCAUCCGGUGAGUGUUGUGCCGACGCACGUCGACAUGGACUUCGCGAUGGAGGUGCCCAAGAUCAGCUGCGCGGACGACACGGACUUGCCGGUCAAGAUGGCGUUCGUGUUCGAGGGCGAGGCGAGGGGGGCACUGAAGAAGUCGGCGUCGGAUUCGCGCCGGCAUGAGCCGGCGUCGCCGGCCAAGACGGCGUCCGCGUUCGACGGCGAGCCGAGGGGGAUCCUGAAGAAGUCGGCGUCGGCGUCGCAGCGGCAGGAGUCGGCCCCCAGGACGUCGUCCGCGUCGCAGCGGCACGUGAGGUUCUCGACGGCCGCGGCGCCUCCGGCGUCGUGCCCGACGUCGCCGUGCAUCACGCCGCGGCUGGCGAUGGCCAGGGCCGAGUUCAACGCCUUCUUGGAGGCGCAGAGCGCGUAG